AUGGUUGAAGCCUGCAUCGAGGCCGAAAACAUCGGCUUCGACAUCUUCUACGGCGCCUCCAACAACACCUGGAAAAUCUACGACACCCCCCGCGCCUGGCAAGUCCUCAACUUCCACCCCCAGGACAACGCCGAAGCCUUCAGUGUUGAAGUUGAGGCGGCAAGUGGUAUUAGCCCUGUACCCGAGAGUCUCGACAACCUAGACUGCAUUGACCUUUCAUUCGCUGGAGAUGAUCUCAUUGACCGGAAACCUAAAGGACCUCAAGGAUCAACUACCGAAGAAAUUCAGCAAGCGUAUGGGCCGCUUCUCAAGAUUUCGAGACAGAAAGACUGCCCUAGCAUCGAGGGUAGCUUCGCAAUCUGUUGGCAGCCACUGAGUUUCCUUGCGAGACUA